GUGAAGAUCACAAUGUGAUUGCUGUUUUAAUUUAGACACUGCAAUGUAAUGUAGCCAUGUAGGGUCUAUAAAGGCCAUCAUCUUAUUCUUAGUGUCCUCCGUCUCUGUCAUCUCAAGCAUUGCUUCAAUCGCUCCUCAUUCAUACAUAUUAUAUUCCUGUCACUUUCUUUCUUCUCAGAACUUCGUUUUCCACUCACUUCCUACUUCAAUUCAUCUUUAGCCUAUCCUAGUUUCUGUGUCUUCCUUGUAAGUCCUAAUGGAUUCUCAUCUUGAUGCAAUCUUUGAUGAAGAUCACAAGAAGAAAACAUGGAAGCAAACAACUCUGCUAUCCUUUCAAAUUGUGGGAAUAGUUUAUGGUCAACUGAGCACUGCACCUUUAUAUGUAUUUGGGACAAUGCAAAAGGGAGAUCUUGCAUCAGAAGAAGUCGUUUAUGAACUAUUUUCCUUCAUUUUCUGGACACUCACAAUAAUAUCUUUGGUCAAGUAUGCCUCUAUAGUGUUGAAAGCAGAUGAUGAAGGAGAGGGUGGUAUUGUUGCUUUAUACUCACUGUUGUGUAGAAAUGCAAAAGUUGGGCUGCUCCCAUGCGACAAAAGUGCCAAUGAAGUUGUGCUUUAUGAAGAGAGAAGUGGUUCAAAGCUCAAAGCAGAUUCAAGAGCACGAAGGGCCAUUGAGAAACACAAGAUCUGUCACUAUUUAAUAUUGUUCUUAGCCCUCUUUGGUUCCUGUAUGACCAUUGGGGACGCAGUGCUCACUCCAGCGCUUUCAGUGUACUCAGCUUCGACCGGCGUUCAGAGAUCCCUGACAGACAUAUUGACAGACAUAUUUGCCUGGUCACCAGAUACUCAGCAGAACGUGUCAAAUGGUCUAAGAAGAUAUGUACCUGUUCCCUCUGCGUGUGUUAUAUUGGUUGGGCUGUUCAUGCUGCAGCACUGCGGUACACGUAAAAUUGGGAUCAUGUUUGCUCCAAUCAUCACUGCUUGGUUGUUGUUUGUUGCUGGGGUGGGAACGUAUAAUGUUUUCCACUGGGAUGUAAAAAUUAUUUAUAAAAUAUCCCCAGUCUACAUAUACAAAUUCAUCACACAUAUUGACAUCCACAGAUGGAGGUUGUUAGGGAGCGUCAUUUUAUGUGUAGCAGGAUCGGAGGCAAUGUUUGCAGAUCUAGGCCAUUUCUCCAAGAAAUCAAUUAAGAUUACCUUUAUAUGCUUGAUCUACCCGCUUCUUCUUCUAUGCUAUGCUGGUCAGGCUGCAUAUAUCUCCAAAAAUUUACAUGCUCCAGAUUUUAAUCAUCUUAGUCAAUCUAUGCCACGUCAUUGCAGACACUUGUUCAUAGUAUUGUCCCUACUUUCUUCAGCUGUGGGAAGCCAAGCAACCAUAACUGCGUGUUUCUCCAUCAUUAACCAGUGUCUGGCAUUAAAUUGCUUUCCCAGAGUUAAAGUUAUUCACACAUCAAAAACGAUUCAUGGGCAGAUUUACAUCCCCGAUGUCAACUGGUUAUUGAUGAUUUUUAGCCUCACUGUCACCAUUGGUUUCAGAGACAUUGUGAAAAUUGGCAAUGCAACAGGUUUGGCUAUAAUUUGUGGAAUGCUUGUGACAACUAGUCUGAUGUCACUGAUCAUUGCUCUGUAUUGGGAGAAGAAUUUGAUGGUAUCUGCGUGCUUUCUUGUAUGUUUUGGGUUCCUUGAGGCUGCAUAUCUUUCAGCAUGUCUGCUAGAAUUCCACAAAGGAGCUUGGUAUCUGGUUGUCCUAUUGGCAGUGUCAAUGACAGUGAUGCUUUCAUGGCAUUAUGGAACAAUGAAGAAGUACGAGUUUGAUUUGCAAAACAAGGUAUCAACCGAAUGGCUAAUAGAUAUUAGUCCAGGCCUUGGGAUUUCCAGGGUACCCGGAAUCGGCUUCAUUUACACCGACAUAGUAGCAGGAAUCCCAGCUUUCUUUUCACAUUUUAUAACUAAUCUUCCUGCAUUUCAUCAAGUGUUGAUCUUGGUGUCUUUCAAGUCUAUAGCUGUGCCUUAUGUACCAGAAAGUGAAAGGUAUCUCAUUGGUAGGAUUGGGCCAAAGGAUUACAAAAUAUAUCGUUGCAUUGUCAGAAGUGGAUAUUGUGACCACAUAAGGGACACUGGUCAUUUUGAGGAGCAGAUAAUUCGUUCUAUUGGGGAAUUCAUAUCCAUUGAACAGAAUGACAUUGAGUCCAUGGUAUCCCCAGAUGAAAGAAUGAUCAUUAUUGGAAAUUCAAAUUCAAGACUAGAUGGAAAUGCUUUAGUUCCUCUUGAUGAAGUAGACUCAUCAUCAUGCAUGGUGAACAAUGAAUCUCAGAUAAGUCCAGUAGAUCAUGACGCAUUGGAGAGUAGGAACAAGAGAAAAAAGGUUCGGUUCAUGUUGCCUGAGAAUAGUCCUAAAAUGCAGGUAUCUGUGAGGAAGGAGCUUUUGGAGCUAAUUGAUGCCAGGGAGAGUGGCAGUGCCUAUUUCUUGGGGCAGUCACAUUUAGUGGUGCGUGAUGGCACUAACUUUCUCAAGAGAUUCUUAAUCAUGGUCUAUCGUUUCAGUGAAAAAAAUUGUCGGGAAUCUCCUGUUGCUCUUAAGAUCCCUCAUGCUGCUCUUGUAGAAGUUGGUGUGAUAUGUACUAUAUAAGUUAUACGACUUCUGCUGUUUUAGUAAUCCAACGGGGACCCGACAAGUUUAAUAGGACCAAACAAAACAAGGAAAUGAACAUCUUACCUGUACCUACUUGUUCUUGGUACUAGAUCUCAGACUAUGCAAGAUAUAAUGGAGAUUAGAGAGAUUGUUAGACUCUUGUACCAAAAAAAUAAAUAAUCAAGUUAUGGUCCCGUUUAGAUGAUAUAAUCUGGGUGAGUUAUAGGGUGCAAUUGUGUAUGAUACACAACUCAAUAUGACCUGCUACUGUAACCUGUAAAACUUAAAAAUUGGUUGUUAGUUCUUGUAUCAAUUUACAUAAACUGUAUAACAUAAAUGUAAAAUUUCAAAUAA